GUUGCGGUGUAGUCCCGGUGGUAUUUUUGGUGUAUUCGCGGUGGUUCUGCGGCCGUAAUGGGCUGCCCUCUCUCAGCGGAGGCGCCGCGCUCCUGGCCACCGGGAGAUGAUGAGAAUGGGGGGAGUGAAGAUGAUGUGGUCCAGGUGAGUCUGAGCGCGCAGAUCCGCGAGGUGAUCAAGCAGAGCUGGAGAGAGAUCCAGGAUGACGUCAGCAGGGUGGGGAUCAUCAUGUUCGUCAGGCUGUUCGAGACUCACCCAGAGUGUAAAGACGUCUUCUUCAUGUUCAAAGAGGUGGACGAUCCUGAAACUCUGCGGACCAGCAGAGAGCUGCGAGCCCACGGACUCAGGAUCAUGUCCUUCAUUGAGAAGUCCGUUGCCAGGAUCGACCAGGACGAGCGUCUGGACCAGCUGAUCCUGGAUCUGGGCAGGAAGCACUACGUCUACGACGCCCCACCAAAAUACUACGAGUUUGUGGGGGCGGAGUUUAUCCAAGCCAUGAAGGAGCGCUGGACGUCAGAGCAGGAGGAUGCCUGGAAGACCUUGUUCCUGUACAUCAGCAGCACCAUGAAGAGAGGCUUCAAGCAGGAGCAGAGGAACCAGAGGAACCAGAGUGAUGUCCUCAGACGUCCUUCUGUCAGUGUGUCCAAACAGGUUUAGAGACAGAGCUUUAAGAAACCUUUGGUCAUUAUUGAUUGAUUAUUAUUGAUUAGC